AUGAAGGAUCUUGGCACUCUGCAUCAUUUCUUGGGGAUGCACGUGCAGCAGUCAGGUGAUGGCCUCCUGCUCUCCCAGCGCCAGUUUAUGCUUGAGAUCCUGGACCAUGCAGGUAUGACUGACUGCACGCCUUGUGCCACACCCAUCGACACGAACCCGAAGCUCUCCGCCGCUGUAGGUGUUCCUCUCACUGCCACUGCCGCAUCAGAUUAUCGGAGUCUUGCUGGCGCCCUGCAGUAUCUCACCUUCACCAGGCCCGACAUCGCCUACGCAGUUCAGCAGUCUGACCUGAUUGCUUACUCGGAUGCCAACUGGGCUGGUUGUCCUGACACUCGCAAGUCCACCUCCGGGAACGCAGUUUUCCUGGGUGAUAAUUUGGUCUCGUGGUCCUCCAAGCGGCAGAAUGCAGUCUCCCGCUCCAGUGCCGAGGCCGAAUACAGAGCUAUCGCCAAUACAGUUGCUGAGAUCGUCUGGUUGCGCCAGCUUGUUCUCAAGCUUCGCGCCCCUCUGCGCCACACUGCUCUCGUCUACUGUGACAAUGUCAGCACCAUCUACAUGUCCUCGAACCCCGUUCAGCAUCAGUGCACCAAACAUAUAGACAUUGAUCUCCACUUUGUUCGGGAGCGCAUUGCCACUGGUGACGUCCGUGUUCUCCAUGUUCCGACGACUUCUCGGUAUGCGGGCAUCUUCACCAAGGGCCUACCUUCUUCUGUCUUCACGAAGUUCAGGUCCAGUCUGAAUGUCCAGCUUACCGGCGCUUAG